GUAAACGGAAGAAGCACCCACAGAGAGAGAGCGAAUUCCAGGGACUCGAUCUGUGCAGUGCUCUCCGAUCUUCGCUUAGUCCGGUUCGCCGAUUCACCAUCCGGAACUCUCAAGGAUUGAUAGUCGUAGGGUUUUUGGUGGUGGAGGACUCUGGAGUGCUUUUGGUGGGUUUUCUAUUUCGUGAUGCUGGAUAUUGAAGUUUGAUGCUUGUUUGUGCUUGUUAUUGGAAGAAAAAAGUGGAUUUCGUCUAACUCGAUAAGAUUAUAUUUUAUUUAUAUUACUGCUAAAUAGUGAACCUGAUUCUUGAAGUAGAAGGUGCAUGGACCACCAUCCAGUUCUCUAGGUUGUGCCAGUAUACCUACACAUGGUUUUGAGGUUGUGCCAAUCAAUAAUUUGAAGGUUGAUACAGUGGCUUCCAUUAUCUGGCAAUUUCACAUUCUGACAGAUGCUUUGGUUUAUUUAUCAAGUUUUAUGUGGCGAUCUGAGACCUUGGUUGUCUAAAAGGGAAAUGCAUUUGAGGAAAUAAUUUUUAUUAGAUUAAGUAUCCCCUGUACGGGGAUGCAUCCAACAUAUAUACAUGAAUAUAUCUGUUACAGCUUUCUAUUAAUAGCUGCAAUAGUGCCAUCACUUGUCCUUUCUUCACAAAGACCUGUCUCUUUGGCUUUUGUCCCUUAUGUUGUGCCUGAGAACUUGACCAUUUCUGGCUUGAGCUACAACAGAUACAAAAGUUUGGCAGCUUUUACCCUCUGGCGCAAUGUUUCCUCUUGUGAGGUUGACUUGAAUGGUGUGGGUUCCUUGAACAAAGUAUGCCUGCUAAACACAAGCAUAACAUUGAACAAUGAUCUGCAUAUUUCUGGAACGGGUGACCUAGUGAUCUCUCCACAUGUUUCAAUCUCUUGUCGUAUACCUGAUUGUCUAGUGACUAUCAAUAUGUUUGGCAGUGUUAUUCUUGGAGAAGAUUCAUCCAUCAUUGCAGGUUCUGUAAUUGUUAAUGCCUCUAACUUAAGCAUAGGUGAUCAUGCCAGUAUAAGUACCAGCUCCUUGGGUGGACAGCCUCCUUCGCAGACUAGUGGCACACCACUUGGCUUGGAUGGAGCAGGUGGUGGCCAUGGUGGUAGGGGUGCUUUCUGUCUUAAAGGUAACAAAAAGAAGCAGGAAGAUGUCUGGGGAGGAGACGUAUAUGGCUGGUCCACUCUUUCUGAGCCAUGGAAUUAUGGAAGUAAAGGUGGUACAACUUCUAGUGAACGACAACUGGGAGGAAACGGCGGAGGUAGAAUCCUAAUAAGGGUGAAGGAUCUUCUAUACCUAAAUGGGACUUUCACUGCUGAAGGUGGUGGAGGAGGAAUGGUGGGUGGUGGUGGUUCAGGGGGCAGUAUCAUUGUACACUCUCUAAGACUGAAAGGAAAUGGUGCCAUUAGUGCUGCUGGUGGCACAGGUUGGGGAGGUGGUGGUGGUGGAAGAAUAUCUUUGGACUGCUACAGCAUUCAAGAAGAUGUGAAGAUCAGUGCUCAUGGUGGUAAAAGCCUUGGCUGCCCUGAAAAUGCUGGAGCUGCAGGCACUAUAUUCGAUUCAAAACUAUUGAGUCUCAGAGUAAGCAAUAACAAUGUCUCAACUCAGACAGAAACACCUCUGCUGGAUUUUCCAACUAGCCCUAUAUGGUCCAAUGUCUUUGUAGAAAGCCGUGCAAAGGUUGUUGUUCCUUUGCGUUGGACAAGGGUGCAGGUGAGGGGCCAAAUAAGGCUUCUUAAUGAAGGCUGCUUGAGUUUCGGGUUAGCUGAUUAUCCAUUUUCAGAGUUCGAGCUGGUUGCUGAAGAGUUACUAUUGAGUGACUCCUCUAUAAAGGUGUAUGGAGCAUUCCGUGUGUCUAUAAAGAUGCUACUUAUGUGGAAUUCACAAAUUCAAAUUGAUGGUGGCGGAGAUGCUGCAGUUGCUGUUUCUGUGCUUGAAGUUAGGAAUCUUAUUGUCCUCAGGGAAAACUCUGUAAUCAGUUCGAGUGCAAACCUAGGAGUAUAUGGACAAGGCCUUCUCAAAUUGUCUGGGCAUGGUGAUGCAAUUAAAAGCCAACAGCUUUUCUUGUAUCUUUUUUACAACAUAGAUGUUGGGCCAGGUUCCUCGUUACGAGCACCAUCAAAUAACCAAAAUGGAAGCACUUUGGCUGUAAAAUCAUAUUGUGAAAGUCAAUCCUGCCCUGCAGAGCUCGUCUCUCCUCCAGAAGAUUGCCAUGUGAACACCUCUUUGUCUUUCACUCUCCAAAUUUGCCGUGUGGAAGACCUUACUAUUAGUGGCCUUGUCAUCGGUAGUAUCAUACACAUCCACAGGGCAAGGACUGUUGUCGUUAAUACGGGGGGUGUGAUAAGUGCAUCAGGGUUAGGUUGCAUAGAUGGAAUUGGAAAAGGGAAAUAUGGAAAAUAUGGAGCUGGAAGUGGUGCAGGACAUGGUGGUCGAGGGGGUGCAGGAUUUUAUGAUGGAAAACUAACUGAAGGUGGUAAAAAAUAUGGUGAUGCUAAUCUGCCUUGUGAACUUGGAAGUGGCAAUGGAGAUCCUACCAAACUUGAUGGUUACGUUGCUGGAGGAGGGUUGAUUGUGAUGGGCUCUACCCAAUGGCCAUUGUCAAAAUUGGACAUUUAUGGAUCCAUGGAUGCAAAUGGGGAGAGUGUUGUACCUUUGAGAAAUCAAAAUUAUACAACAAUUGGUGGGCUUGGUGGUGGCUCUGGUGGGUCAAUUCUUUUGUUUCUUCAGAUGCUUGUGCUUGGGAACAAGUCAACGCUAUCAAUAUCUGGUGGAAAAGGUGGCCUUUUUGGCUGCGGCGGUGGUGGUGGAGGAAGAAUUCAUUUCGAUUGGUCGAAUAUAGCAACUGGUGAUGAAUAUGUUCCAAUUGCUGUUGUAAAUAGCACCAUCAACUUGAGAGGUGGCUUUGGUAGUAAUGAUGGCCUUUCUGGUGAGGAUGGAACAAUCACAGGGAACAAGUGUCCAAAAGGGCUUUACGGCACAUUCUGCAAUGAGUGUCCAGUUGGCACAUAUAAAGAUGUAGAUGGCUCAGAACCUUCAUUAUGCUCUCCGUGCGCCCUCGAUUCUCUUCCCAAUCGUGCAGUUUUUGUAUAUGUAAGAGGUGGUGUUUCUCAACCUUCUUGCCCGUACAAAUGUCUUUCAGACAAAUAUAGGAUGCCAAACUGCUAUACACCACUUGAAGAGCUUGUGCAUAAAUUUGGAGGGCCAUGGUUCUUUGGACUUAUUCUGACAUUCAGUUUAGUGCUCUUAGCAUUGCUGUUGAAUGCUAUCAGGAUUAAGUUUGUGGCAUCUGGAAGUUCUUAUGGACACAUGAAGUGUAAUGAAUCUCGCGUUCAUCACUCAUUCCCGCAUCUCUUGUCUCUAAUAGAGGUGCAUGAUACCCGCAGAAAUGAAGAAACACAAAGCCAUGUACACAGAAUGUACUUCAUGGGUCCAAAUACCUUUAGAGAACCAUGGCACCUUCCUCAUUCUCCACCUGAUGCUAUUGUUGAGAUUGUGUAUGAGGAUGCCUUCAACAGAUUCAUUGAUGAUAUCAACUCUAUUGCUGCAUAUGAGUGGUGGGAGGGUUCAGUGCAUAGUAUUCUUUCUAUGCUUGCUUACCCUUGUGCUUGGUCGUGGAAACAGUGGCGUCGGAGAAAGAAGAUUCAUCGCUUGCAGGAAUAUGUCAAAUCAGAAUAUGAUCAUUCUUGUCUCCGUUCUUGUCGUUCACGUGCUCUUUACAAAGGGAUGAAGGUAGGCUCUACCCCGGAUCUUAUAGUUGCUUAUAUUGAUUUUUUCCUUGGUGGGGAUGAGAAGCGAUUGGAUAUACAUUCAGGAAACCUGCAUAGGUUUCCCUUCUGUAUUAUGCUUGGCGGUGAUGGAAGUUAUAUGUCUCCUUACAACCUUCACAGUGACAUGCUGUUAACGAGGAUUGUAAGCCAGUAUAUUCCUUCAAAAAUCUGGGAUCGGCUAGUUGAUGGAAUCAAUGCCCAACUAAGAACUGUGAGACAGGCACGUGUGCGUUCCACAUUAAUGCCUGUUAUUGACUGGAUCAAUAUUCUUGCAAAUCCACAACUGCAAUUGUAUGCCAUUAGAGCUGAGCUGGGAUGGUUCCAGGCCACAGCUUCUGGUUAUUAUCAGUUAGGGCUUCUAAUAACAAUUGGGAAUUCAUUGCUCCAAAAUAACAGCCUGAGCGUUCCCAAAAGAACAAGCAGAGGCAGUUUAAAUCAAACGAGUAAAAGUCCUACAGUUCCCUGCAACAGUAGUGACCAAAUGCAGCAGAAUCAGCAGCUUGCUAAUCAUUUUUUAUCACGGAAGAGAAUAAGUGGAGGAGUAAGUGGAGGGUUACUGAAUAGUGUCACAGUACAAUCUCUGGACUAUAAAAGAGGCUUCUUGUUCCCAUUUUCUCUUCUACUCCAAAAUACCAAGCCCAUUGACUGCCAGGAUACAGUGCUGCUAGUUAUAACGAUUUUACUUCUUGGGGACUUCACCUUAACCCUUCUUAUGCUGCUUCAAUUUUACUGGAUUUCUCUGGGCACCUUCCUUUCAGUCUUGCUUAUCCUUCCACUUUCCUUGCUAUCUUCAUUCCCAGCCGGUUUGAGUGCACUUUUCAGUCAAAUGCCUCAGAGAUCUUCUUCUCUUGCACGGGUUUAUGCUUUAUGGAAUGCUACUUCUCUUUCCAACAUCUUCGUAUCUUUCAGUUGCGGCCUUGUUUAUUACGGUUUCCUACAACAAUCUUCUCAAACUACAAGUGCUCAGACAUUUGGAAGAAAUAGGGAGGGUGAUGGGUGGUGGGUCUUGCCCGUUGUUCUUUUUCUCUUGAAAUGCACUCAAGCACGGUUUGUGGACUGGCACAUUGCAAAUCUGGAGGUUCAAGAUCGAUCUUUGUUUUUCGUAGAACCGGAGAAGUUUUGGAAUCUCUGAUAUCUGUCGGUAGUGUAACCUCGACAUGGACAGGUGUGCGAGUUUGGAUGCCUUCUGUCUGUGCUUUUUAUAUACAUAUUGCAUUCUUGAAUGUAAAUAUCCGUUUUAAAUGUAAAUUAUGAUUUGUUUUUUUGACCUCGAGGUUUUUGCAACCCCAAAUGUAAAAAAUACAAUGUGAAGUUGUUUGUGUUCAUAGUCA